AUGGCAUGCCACGUCUACGAGACACCCACGACAAUCAUCCGCCAGUGUCUGUCAGCAGACAACAUGCGGCUAUCCGAUCCCGAGGCCUGGCACUUUGAUAUCGACAGAUGGCUGAAUCCGUUGAUCCCUCGUCCGCCAUGGCGCAUCCUACCGUAUCCGAUCUCCUAUUUCCUCGGCCAUAGGAAACAGCCACUCAAGCCCUUGGGAAAUCUGAUCAUGGGUGCUUGGGCUUUUCUCGGCAUUUUUAUCGGUCUUAUAGUCAUCGAAAUAGUGACGAAGCAAGUGCCCGUAUUUCAGGACCAUCACGCACCCAUCAUUAUUGCUAGUUUUGGUGCCGGGUCUGUCUUGCAUUUCUAUUCCAUUGAGUCUCCACUGGCGCAACCACGAAAUGCCGUCAUCGGCCAGUUCAUUUCCAGUGUAGUUGGUGUUGGGAUAUGCAAACUCUUUGCCUUGAGCCCACACUUUGAGUCCAUCCGAUGGAUAGGCGGUGCGUUGGCCUGUGCCAUUGCCACGGCGCUGAUGGGCUUGACCAAGACCAUCCAUCCCCCUGCCGGAGCGACAGCACUCUUGGCCGUUGUGAGCAAUGACUCACUGCCUUUAGGGUGGUUAUUGGUGCCUAUGAUCCUGCUCGGAUCGGUGCUUAUGCUCAUUGUGGCUCUACUCAUUAACAACGUUCAGCGCAAGUACCCUCAAUACUGGUGGUCACCAGAGGACUUGUCUCCAGACAGCAAGCGCGGCAAGAUUACCGAGGAUGACGGUGCGCGGGUUCAAGAUGCAGAUGUUGAGAAGAACUUGUCUAUAACGUCACCGAGUCACAGUGAAGGCUCCAUCGAUCAGCCUCAGAUCCUCAUCAGGAGAGGCACCGUCCAUGUACCGAGCCACAUAUAUCUGACGCCAGAGGAGAAGAGUUUUUUGGAAGAGUUGAGUGAACGGUUAUAG